AUGGGCGCGUCCUCGCAGUCCGUGGUGGUCGCCACAUCGGCCGGCAGCGCCAUUUUUAUCUUCGCCACAAUUCUGGCCGUCGGCUACAUUUACAACGACAUCAACAGUCUACACUCUGAGAUUAUGGAAGACCUCACCGACUUCAAGAUCAUGGUGGACGACGCUUGGACUGGCAUGUUGAAUGUGCCGGAGGGGAAGCCCGCGAACCUGAACUCCUGGCUCCGACAAAUCGGGCAUCGCGAGAAGCGCGCGGCCCAGUGCGAAUGCCAAAACCGCAACAACCGCUGCCCUCCGGGCCCCAUUGGCGCUCCCGGACAAAAGGGAAAGGCGGGCGAGCCCGGUCCUCGGGGCGACAAUGGACGGCCGGGAGCGCCGGGAAUCGCGUUGGUCGGCAAUUUCCCGCGAAGAGCCGGUUGUAUUCAAUGCCCUCCGGGUCCACCUGGAUUGCCUGGAAAAGAGGGACCGGCUGGCCCGAAAGGCGAAGAUGGAUUGCCCGGAUUUGAUGGAAGACCGGGACAGGAUGCGUAUCCGGGAGUUCAAGGAGCUCCGGGAGACGCGGGACCACCCGGAUUGCCCGGAACUUUGGGCCGGCCAGGCCACGAUGGAAGAGAUGGAAGGAAAGUCGCGCCAAUUCAGGGAGUCAAGGGACCUCCAGGUAAGAAUUUUCGAUAGAAAAACUUUCUUUUUUUUAAUUUUGAUGAAAUUUGGGGUAAAUUUCGAACAGGACUUUCUAACAGGCAGCUAAGUUCGACUCUCGGAUUUUCUUUAAACUUGGCACAUAUGUUGGACAUAGGCCACGUAUCAAGUUCUGAAAGUCUUAGCUCGCCUUUUACAGGCGCCGCCGAGAUAUUGAACGGUAUUUGCUGACGAGAGAGUACGCGAAAUGCGGAGAGCGGUCAGAGAGAAGCUCACUCUGUUUUGGCUAUAACUCUGUCAAUUUCCGGUGGAAAAAAUUUAUUUUUUGUGGAAAGAUAACACUAUACGGUAGAAACCAGUAUAAAAUUUUUUACUCCAAAAUUUGCGGAAAAGUUAGCGUUUUGGCUCCAUUUUUGAUCUAAAAAAUCUCAGUUGUUUCAGCAAAGCGCGAGCUUAGAUUCUCGCAAAUAUUUUUUAAAAACUGUAUUCUAAAUUUGUGCCAAGUUUCAUCAAAAUCUAAGAGUCGUACUUGGGGUACUAAAUUUUAAAAAAAGCCAAAAAAAAACAAAUUUUUUUAAUUUCUAAAAAAUCUCUUCCAGGACCUCCCGGUCACCCCGGCGAAGAAGGAGAGCCCGGAGAAAUCCCCGAACCCGGUCCACCCGGCCCACAAGGCCCUCCAGGCCGCGCCGGCUCUCGCGGUCGCGACGGAAAACCGGGCGAAAACGGCGCCGACGGCCUCGCCGGAAAGCCCGGCAAAGACGCCGCGUAUUGCCAGUGUCCGAAGCGCGGGAACGCCGAGGAAAAAGAGAGGCCCGAAUCGAACGCCGAAUUCGGCGAUGCGACCAAAAUCGCGGCCGGCAAAUCGGAGAAGCCGGCCGCCGAGGAUUCGCAUGAAGAUGAAGUGUGGCCGCAUACUCAUGCCUAUGAUGCAGAAGUGCCCACAGUAGCGCCAGUUGUGGCGUCGAGCAGUGCGGCGCCGGCGCCCGAGUUCCCAACACCCACCUCGAAUGGGUACAGGAGAAAGAAGAAGAUCAGAAUAUAA